AGAGAAAAUUGAAUGAAAAUUUGAGUUGGAGAAAAAAAGAAAAUCAGUGAGAAAAAGAAAAGAAGAUGCGUGGUGGUGGUGAGAUGAUGAUGUCGUCUUCGUCUUCGUCGUCAUCUCGAUCAAGGUCGGUGACGGAAACGGUGAACGGGUCACACAACUUCACAAUAAGAGGGUACUCGUUGGCGAAGGGGAUCGGAGUUGGAAAGCACAUAGCGAGCGAGAAUUUCACGGUUGGAGGUUACCAGUGGGCCAUCUAUUUCUACCCUGAUGGGAAGAACCCCGAAGACAACUCCACCUAUGUCUCUGUCUUCAUCGCUCUCGCCAGCGAAGGCACCGACGUCCGUGCUCUCUUUGAACUUACCCUCCUCGACCAGACUGGCUCUGCCAAGCACAAGGUUCAUAGCCACUUCGAUCGCGCCCUCGAGAGUGGGCCCUACACCCUCAAGUACCGUGGCAGCAUGUGGGGCUACAAGCGAUUUUUCAGGCGGAAUAUGCUUGAAUCAUCAGUUUUCCUUAAGGAUGAUUGCUUGAAAAUUAAUUGUACUGUUGGUGUUGUGGUUUCUGCGGUGGAUUGUUCAAGAUUACACUCAAUUCAUGUCCCUGAAUCUGAUAUUGGAGCACAUUUUGGUAUGCUAUUGGAGAAUAAGGAAUGUUCUGAUGUUACUUUUAAUGUGUCUGGGGAAAAGUUUCAUGCUCACAAACUGGUACUGGCUGCUCGCUCUCCUGUAUUUGAAACUGAAUUUUUCAAUGGAAUGGAUGAAGAUGAUCAAGAAAUAGUCGUUACAGAUAUGGAACCCAAUGUUUUUAAGGUAGGCUUUUCCAAAAACAUUUUUUCCCCCUCCUUCCUGUUUGGAUAUAAUGCAGCAUGGUUUGAAUUAUUCUGGCUUUUGUGUCAGGUAGAGCUUACCAUAUAUUUGUAUAUGUUUGUAAUAAUUUCUUGCAUGUUUGUUGAGCAGGCUUUGCUUCACUACAUAUAUAGGGAUACUCUUGUUGAAGAUGAGGAUUUCUUGGCGUUGAGUUCAUCUUGCAUGCCAUCUUUAUCUGACACAUUUGCUGCGAAAUUGUUAGCUGCAGCGGAAAAAUAUGGUUUGCCUAGACUUAGAUUGAUGUGCGAGUCUGUACUCUGUAGGGAUAUAUCUGUAGAUUCUGUUGCCAAUAUUUUGGCCCUGGCUGACAGUUAUCAUGCUUCAGAUUUAAAAUCAGUUUGCCUAAAAUUUGCUGCUGAAAACCUUGUCGCCGUUAUGCGCUCUGACGGUUUUGAGUAUCUCAAGGAGAACUGCCCACUGCUGCAAUCUGAAAUCCUUAAGACAGUGGCAGGGUGUGAAGAGGAAUUCAGUGGAGGGGGGAAGAGUCGAAGUGUUUGGGCUCAGUUUUCUGAUGGUGGUGACACGAAUGAUAGGAGUGUAAGGCAACAGACCUGGGAAAAUGGAGGGGAACGAAGUCGAAGUUUGUGGGUCCAGCUUUCUGAUGGUGGUAAUGCUAGUGUUAGGAGUCCUAGACAAGAAGGCUAAUAAGGUAAACAUGUUUGUAGCCGCUGCUGGUAUGAAUUGGAAAAGGGAGGAGAAAUUUAAGAACGUUAAUUGAGAAAGGAACAUUGCCUCCGUUGUAACAUGUCUAUUGCUUUUGCCUUUUUCUUCUUUCCCUGCUGUAUGUGAAAUCAAUGUUUGUUUGUUGGGAAUGUACUGAGGGUUAUAGUAUAGGUUGCAUUAACAGAUGCAUUACCAUGAACUUGUAAUUGUCAGCACUGAUUGUAGACUUGUAGCUGUAAGAAUGUAGAAUACAUUUUGCUGAUAAACCAGUAUUAACACUUUGUUGUAGAAGCUAGCCCUGUAUUUAAUGUGCUGCACAACCAAUUGCUUGC